AUGCCCUCCUACGGCUCCUUUCAAUCCUCGUCGCCGAAAAAAAUGGAGCAUUCGCAGUCGUACGGCCGCAAGGGCGUCCAGAUGAGCAACAUCCUCGGCGAUCCCUUUGCCCUCGCCACGACGUCCAUCGGCAUGCUCGCCUGGAGCAUCACCUUCAUCGCCUGCAUCGUCGGCCAGCUGCAAGCGACCAACGACAACCAGUUUCCCACCUUUGCCUGGUGGGCCGUCGUCUACAGCCUCUUCCUGAUAGUCGGCGUCUUCGUCGUCGUCGCCAGCGAUUCCGUCCACACCUAUCACGUCGCCAUCACGGGCUACCUCGCCGGCGGCAUGGUCCUCGUCACCUCGUCGGUCAACUCGCUCGUCUACUCCAAGGACGGAGCGCGCGGUGCCGCCGCCGCCGGCUUCAUCCUCCUCUCCAUGGUGGUGAUUGUUUGGAUCUUCUACUUUGGCUCCACGCCCUCCUCGACCCCCCGCGCAUUCCUCGACUCCUUCUCCCUGACCAAAGACGCGGGCAACCCGCACUCGCAAGCCUUGAACGGCUACGGCGGCGCCGGCCGCCCCGAGACGUCGACGUCGGUCCAGCCGCCGCAGAUGUACACGUCGGCCCAGCUCAGCGCCUUCGAGAACCCGUCGCCUAUGAUCUCCUCGUCGCAUGGCGGCACCGGCGUGCGCGCCUCGAACCUCCCGACGCUCGUCAACAGCCCCAUACCCCAGUCGCAACCCGGCAAGACCAACGACGCCGAGGUCGUGCCGCCGACCGAGUACCCCUACCGGGCCAAGGCCAUCUACAGCUACGAGGCCAACCCCGAAGACGCCAACGAAAUUUCCUUUGCCAAGCACGAGAUCCUCGAAGUGUCCGACGUCAGCGGCAGAUGGUGGCAGGCACGGAAAGAGACGGGCGAGACGGGUAUCGCGCCCAGCAACUACCUCAUCCUGCUAUGA